AUGAGUUAGUUUCUCCUCAGAGGUGGCGGCGGGAGAAUUUCAUUUUUGCUGCGAUAAUUUCCUUAUAAAUAUUUAUUCUCGAAAGCUGAAAUCUAAGCAAAAUUUCGAAAUGGAUAACGCUUCUGAAAGAAUGAGUUUGAACGAAGCAAACGCUCCUGUUUCGCCAGAUACAUACAGCUUUGGGAUGUUCACUCUUCGUCGUAUGGGUCAAAUUUUCAAAAUAAUCUUUUCUAAACGCAUCUGUAUUUUAUUUUUGGUAUUAAUUUGCUUAAUGGCUCUUCUAGAACAGUAUCUUACGUAUAAUGUUGGAAUCAUACCUAGUGGAUUUUAUAAAGUUCUUGGUGAUAAAAAUUUCAAAGAAUUUUGGUAUCAUGUUUUGAAAGCCGUGCUUCUCAUAUUGGCCAUAUGCUUCGUUUUGAGUUGCAAAACCUACAUUCUAAAUGUUUUUUACGUAGCAUCUCGAGAAAUAUUAACGGAUAAAUUGCAUCUCAUGUAUUUCACACGUAAUAAAUUUUAUAUUUUAAACACGAUGAGGUACGAUUUUACUGACAAUCCUGAUCAGCGAAUUACUCAAGAUGUUGAUAAAUUUACUAAACAGCUUAGCACUGUGGUUGGUCCAUUUGUUGUGGCCCCUUUUACUAUAUCCUACUACUCUUACACGUGUUACCAAACUACUGGCUGGGUAGGACCUGUUGCUGUUUUUGCAGUUUUUCUGAUAUCUGUGGUAAUUAAUAAAGUUCUGAUCAAACCAAUCAUGGCACUUGUCAUAAAGCAAGAAAAAUGUGAAGGCUUCUUUCGUUUCAAGCACAUGCAUGUGAGAAGUAAUGCUGAAUCCAUUGCAUUUCAAGAUGCUAAUAUUGCUGAAAUGGCUCGUUCAGAAUACAAAUUACUUGAUUUAAUCAAAACCCAGCAAAUGUUAUAUCUCAGGCAGUUCUCUUUGGAUGUGGCUGUUAAUAUAUUCAGCUAUACAGGAAGUAUUGUAAGUUAUCUGAUACUAGCUUAUCCAAUAUUUAUGGGGAAGUAUGAUAACCUGACUCCAUCAGAAUUAAGCGCCUUGAUUAGUGUGAAUGCUUUUGUAGCAAUAUAUUUAAUAAGUUGUUUCUCUUCCCUUAUUAACAUAUCAACAAAUAUCAGUGAACUUGGUGGUUUAACUCAUCGUAUAUGUGAGAUAUUGGAUACUCUAAAAGGCGAUGAUAGUGCUUCAGAUGAAGAAUUGUUAAGAAAUUCAAGAAUGAAAUUGAAACCUCGAAGUACUGGAGAUGUAAAAGACCCAGUUAUUGAGCUUCAAAAUGUAACAUUUUCUGCUCCUCGAGAUUCAAAGAUAUUAAUAUCUGGUAUAUCUCUACAUCUAAGAUUCGGCAUCAAUCUUCUUAUAUCUGGUAAAAGUAGCAGUGGAAAGACCUCUCUUUUUAGGGUCAUUAAAGGAUUAUGGCCAAUUGAAGAAGGAAAAAUUACAAGAAGGUUGCCAUUUCAGCCAUCAUUAAUAUUUUUUUUACCACAACAUCCAUUACUCACAGAUGGAUCUCUGAUUGAACAAAUUGUGUAUCCAUUAGAAAUGCCAAAUGAUUUGAAACCAAAAGAUGAAGACAUUGAUUCAAUUUUAAAAUACAUUAAGUAUGCUGAGCUGGAACAUAUACUGCUAAAAGCUGGACUUUUUGACAAAGUAGAUUGGAAUUGGUAUGAUGUUUUAUCUCCAGGAGAAUGCCAAAGGCUUAGUUUUGUUCGUCUAUUUUGCCACAAACCCAAGAUGGCUUUCCUGGAUGAAGCAACAAGUGCCUUAGAUGUAGAACUGGAAGAAAAAUUAUACAAAAAGUGCAAAGAAUUGGAUAUUACUGUAAUAAGCAUCGGGCAUCGAAGGAGCCUUGUUCAGUUCCAUGACAGCUUUCUGCACUUAGAUGGAGUAGGUGGAUGGACAUUGUCCAAUGAGCCACCUCCUAGUUGAUUUUUAAAAGCUUUUGUUUAAAUUCUAAGUAUUUAAAAAUCCUGUUUUGUUGAAUUGUGCCGUAUUUUUAUAUCAAUUGUUGUUCAAUAGUUUUGUUAAUUGUUAGGAAUUAGUUUAUUUUUAUAAUUUGCCAAAACAAUUUUCUUAAGCUUAAUCCUACAUUAUGUAAUUAUUCUUUGACAAAUUUUAUGCAAAUCUAUUUAAAUAAAUAUAAAGAAUGUAAGAAAAUUAUUUAAAAGUAAACUUUUUUUUCUUAAUUAAGGAAUAUCAAUUUCAUAAUGAAAGUUUAAUUACAGAAAAACUUCUAUCUAAUAAAUUUUGAAAGAAAGCAGUUUUGAUUAUCCAUUUUUUAAAUUAUUUGAAAAAUAAUAGUAUGAUUCAAAUAUGAUAAUCAAGAUACAAUGUAAGACUGAAUAUUAUUUGUUUAUUUUUGUGCAUUAAAUUAGGAAUUUAACUGUUUAUUUGUAAAUAUGCUGGAAAUCUUGGAUAUGUAGAAUCUGCCUUAAUAUGUAAAAUGAGAAUCAAUAUUCACUUAUUUUUGAAAGUUUUGAGAAUUAAUUCGUGAAUAUCUGAUUUACAAUCAGGAUUUCUGAUUGGAAAUUUAUUUUUCAAUUCUGAAUCAAAUAACAUUUUUAUUGAUUAUCAAAUGUAACAAUACAUUAUUUCAAAAAGUGUUGUUGUUAAUUAUAUAUGUAAUUAAUGUAAUUCUAUUGGUAAAUUCUUUCUAUGGGAGGUAUCAGUACCAUAUUUAUUUGAUAUGUUUGCAUAUCUUACACCAAUUAAAUAAUUAAAUUAAUUUUGGAUUCUAAUCUUUGUUAUUUUAACAAAAGGGCAGGUAACAAUAUAGUAAAAUUUUUUUAUUUGAGUUAUUAAUUAAUUAUUUUAGCUUUGUCAAUUAUUUUUAGCUUAUUGCUAAAAUGCUAAAUACCAUGCCAUAUCUAUAGUUGAUUUUACUGGUUGAAAUUGAUCUUUGCUUUCAUCAUAUGUUUUCUUUUUUUACCACACUCCUUUCCUAGAUGGGGAUUAAUAAAAUCCUGCUAAUCGGAAUUAAAUUUCACUUUUAUUUCAUUUUUCUUUUUUAAAAACUGCCAAAACAGUCCUUCUGUGUUACAAAGUAGACAAAAAAAGGAGUGUCUUUAUAUUAAGUAUUUUUUUUAAUGAUAAUAGAUCUAAUUAGUUCUAGCUAAAAUUCUUUUCUAAAAGAAUUUUAGCUUCUAUAAAUAAAAUGCUGCAUUGUGUAUAUUUUUGAUGAUUUAUUUACUUUAAAAUAAUGUAUUACAUUUAGAAGAAAUAUAGUUUGAUAUAUUUUUAUGCACAGCUGUAAAUAUGCACAAGUAAUUGCAAAAUUGUAUUUACUUUUGUUGAUUUGCUCAUUGUACAGAUAAAGUGAGUUGUUGUUUUUUACUUUAGAUCAGCCUUUGUAAAUAUGUAAUUUAUUCAUUAUGAUUUUUUAUUUAUCUGUUUUUCUAUAUUUUUUAAACAAUUUAUAUAUCAGUAUGCAUUGCAUUAUGCCAUUGAAAAUUCUAUUAUCUGAAAUUUUAUAAUGUUAAGUUUAUAGUGUUGUUUUAUAUUGAGUUUAUCAGAACUCUUGAAGGCCACUUUUCUCCCCCUCCUCAAAUUCCGGAUAUGCUUUUAUUAAGUUUAAUAUAGCCUCUACGUUAAAAGGCAAAUUUAGCCAUACUGAAAUGGUGAAAUAUUUAAUUGCUAAUCACGUUUAAGAGAUUAGUUUUCAGUUGAUCACACUUUAAAAAACUAAAAGUAUAAAAAGGAUUUUUUUAAAAGUUUUUAAAAAAUAGCAAUUUUUUAACAUAAUCUAGUUUUUUUUAAAUUAUAGAUCAAACUUUCAUUAGUAAAGCAACAUUUUUUAUUUUAUUUAUUUAUUUUUUAGAAUUGUGAAGCAACCUAUUUUAUUUAGAAUUACAAAGGAACAUAAUAGUAUAAUUGCAAAUGAUAUUUAAUUAGGAAUGUUGGUCAGAUAAUGUUCCAUAAUUUAAAUGAUUCCUGAUUUUAAUUUGAAUAAGUGUGAGGGCAUAGUCUUUGUAAAUUCAGUAAAAGUGCAAAAUUAUAUUCUGAACAUACUGCAAAAAAAAAAAAAAAAAAAAAAAAUAGAUUCUGGGGCUUUGUAAAGUUGAGGAUCCUAGACAAUUUCCCGACUCUGACUCUUAAUAAACUGACUCUAAAUUUUUUAACAUCAGAGAAUUAAAAAUUAUCACAUUUCAAGGCAUUGUAAUAAGAGAGAAAGAAAUAACCAUUAAUCUAGAUGAUUAGAUAUUGAUAAUGUGCUUUUUUUAGUAUGAGAAAAUGAUUUGAUAUUUAAAAAAAAAGAAGGAAGGAAUGGAGAGAUCAAUAAAUAAAAGGAAAAAAAAAUAAUAAAUUCGUCAGUUUUUCUUUUUUACUCUCAAGCAUACUUUGAUACCCAUUGAUUAACCGCUUAAUUGUUUUCCCCAAGUGCCAUACAUGCAUCGAAUUUCGAUAGUUGUAAGCAAAAAAUAAACCAUUCAUAACAAUUAUAAUUCAAUAUUAAAAUUACUUCGAAUACAUAGAUAAGUCAAGUAUUCAAUGCAUUUUCAUUUGAAUCAAAAUAAGAAAAUAUUCCCAAAAUAGAAAGUGUCGUCUUAUUAGAUAGUAAAGAAAAUAAAACAGUUAAGUGGUUAAACUAACAUUUUGAUGUUUGUGGAAAUUAUCAGAAUCCUUUGCUUAUCUAUGCUUCUUCUAUUUAGAAUGAUGUGUACGAUUUUGCUCGAAUUUAUCAUUUGAAAGCAGAAAAAUUUGCUGAUAUUACGAGUUGUUUAAUUGUCUUCUGUUGUCCUUUCUUUAAAUCUUUUUGGAUCUUCCUGUUUUUCUAGUUAUGAUAUGUAAUUCUAUUGAUACUGCAUUUCCAAACACCCUGCAUGUUUUUUGGUUUACAGAUCUUACCAUAACUUAGAUACAAGGAAAUCUUUUUAAAAUUCCACCUUUGUGUAAAAUGAGACAAAAGUUCUAAGUUUCACUCCUCCCGCUUUUCUUCUUUUUUCGAUUGUAUAUAUUUAGAGUAAGGCUUGUAGAGCAUGGUUCAUUAUUCAGAUGAAACUGUGAUAGAAAUUAGCCAUUGCAAAGUUCAGGAGCCCCUUUUCCCACUCCCACUUUCAAAAUGAAUAUUUUUUUCUUUAUAUCUAGAUUUUUAUUUAACUUAUCUCACUAUAUGUAAUUUUAAGUAACAAAUUGUGAUAAACAGGAAUAAAAAAAAUAAUUAAUUGACUGCCUCUUUCAAGAGAAUUGGUUUCAGUAUCUCGUGUGUGUGUGUAUAUAAUUUAAUACAAAAUUGGAAAUUAAUCAAGACUUAAAUUAGAUUUUAAAAUAUCAUAUAUAUGUAUAAACGAUGCUUGAUUUUUAAUUUCAAUUUCAAGAAGAAUGCUUUAUUCUACUACAUGUGAGAAGUGAAAUAAAAUCAUUUUGAAAAUACUUGGGGAGGAGGGGGAAUAUCUCAAUGUCAUGAAAAGUUGAGUCAUUCCUUGGCAGCUGCCUAUUCAAUAAUCCGGCUCUAUUCAAAGACAAGAAAAGUUUGUUGAUAUAUAGUCACAUUUUGAUCAUUAGUAUAAAUGAAAUAUGCCCUGGUGAUUUUAUAAUGUCUGUUAUCUAUACAAAUUUUAAAAUGUCAAAUAACUUCGAUGACAAACUGUACAAAAAUAUUUUACCAUCGAGGUCUAGAAUAUAUUUCUUAAAGUGUUGAAAAAUGUGGUUAUUCAGUAUUAGAACUUUCUUUACUUUUCGUUUAAAUGGGCGUCAUUCAAAACGCACAUCAAGGACACUAACUCUGGAAGUUGGUCUUAAGCAACAUGUUUUAUUGAUAAAGGUUACUUAUAGUAUUUUGGAAACUAAGCGCUCGUUUUAGAGGCUGUCAUGUUUUGAAAAUAGUGAUAUUUUAGGCAAUUUAUUUUUGGUGGCAAUUGUUGCCAAGCUAGCGAUAAAGUACCGAAACUUUUUGUACCUAUAUUUUAUACUGCAUAUAUGUAAAUAUCCGUAUUUUUGAUUAAGAUGCGCCUUCUAUCGAUCUCAUUUGUAUAUUUCCAGAAAUUAUUUAUGUUUGAAUGUUUUAAACUCACUAUCAAAUUUCAUAUUUUCAGAUGUAUUUUUAAUCAAUUUGAUCACUUGUGCAAUUUUUACAAGAUAGUCAAUGUAUGUUUUUCUCUAUGCAUAUUUAUUUUUCCUAGAUAUUUAAGUGAUUAAAUCGGUGAACUGUUAAUCUAUUUUUAUGAAAAAUUGUUGGAUAUUUUCAUAUUUUU